AUAUUCUCUUAUACAUCUGAAACUGGAAUGAAUUCGUCUUAUUGCAUAUUCAUUCAUUCAACACAUACGCAACGCGCUAGUCUCAUGGCGUUUUCCUUUUGUCUUUCUCUCUUUCAUUUUCCACUCGUACAAUACAGAUGUACACACGUCUAUUUUCUAACAAUAAAGUUGGAAAUACGUAUCGUGUUGAAGAAGAAAAAAAAAGAGAAAUAAGAAGCGCGCGAUUUUAUAUAUUUUUCGGAUACAUAGAUUCCAUUAUACAAUUAAUAUUUAUCUUCGCACGCGUAAAUCAUUCAAUGUUCUCCGUAUUGAAAAUGUUUUAGAAAUAUGGAUUGAUGUUGAGAUGUAUGGAUGUACUAUGCUACACGCAUUAUACCUAGGCAUAUAAUUACUCGCGUACAUGUUUAGGCACAAGUACUGUUGCUCUUCUCUAAAUAGAUUCUAUUCUGGAAAUCAACUUCCUCUCAAGCAAUACGCUUAGUUAGUCUAUAUCACCGUGCAAAAGCGGACGCUCCUUGUUUUAAAUAACAAAGCAGUUCAUCGCGUCGUGUGUUGUACAAUUUUUUAAGUUACUUUUUCGACUAAAUAAUUUAAUGAAACGCUUCGUACUUUUAAUUUAUAAGAGAAUAUGUGUAAACUAAACUUCUAUUUAAAUUUUAUGUUAUAUAAAACUUAUUAUAAAAGUACAUAACAGUUAUAAGUGAAUGAAAUUUUAUAAAUGAAAGAAGAUAUUUAAAAAAUUUUUGUUCCAAUCCUUACGAAUAAAAAGUUAUUUGUGAUUGUUACAAGUUUUAACAAUGGAAUCUCAGACUACUUGUGCAAUUUGCGGGAAAAAUGCAAUUCAUAAAUGUAGUGCCUGUGGAAAUGUUUAUUACUGCAGUAAGCAACAUCAGAAAGAGGAUUGGAGGAAUCACGCAAAAGCUUGUAAAAGUUUUAAGUUAGCAGAAGAUUCCUUAUUGGGUCGUCAUUGUAUAGCCACACGAAAUAUCAAAAUUGGGGAAAUCGUUUUGAAAGAUGAUCAACCUCUGAUAGCAGGUCCUAUGUAUAAUUGCGCUCCUGUGUGCCUUCGCUGUUACACGGUCUUGAACGAAACCAUAGCAGUAGCUUGUGAAAAAUGUGGUUGGCCUCUUUGUCAAGAUUGCAAAGACCAUGGAUUAGAGUGUAAUUUUUCUUCUUCUCGCAGAGAUCAUAAGGUAUCUAUAACUGAAUUUGGCCACCCACAUCCAAGUUAUCAAUGUAUAACUGUCAUAAGAGCAUUAGCAUCGAAGGAUAUUAAUUUGGAAUCUUAUAAGAAAUUACUAUCGCUCGAAGGUCAUUGCGAUCAAAUAAAUUCCCAUGAGCUGUCAAACACUGUUCGCUUUAUUAAAAGAUUUUUCAAAACAGAUGAUAUAUCGGAGGAGGAAAUGACAAAAAUCGUCGGCAUCUUGCAGGUUAAUGGACAUGAAGUUCCGCUUACUGAUCCACCAUACGUAGCAGUUUACGAACUGACAUCAUUACUUGAGCAUAACUGUAAAGCAAAUUGCUCGAAAAGUUUCACCGAUACCGGAGGGCUGAUUAUUCAUGCUGCAGUACCUAUUGCAAAAGGAGACCACAUUUCUAUAUGUUAUACGGAUCCAUUGUGGGGUACUGCGAACAGAAGACACCAUCUUCUUAAAACAAAAUUUUUUGAAUGUACUUGUGAUCGAUGCAAGGAUCCCACAGAAUUUGGAACAAUGUUUAAUGCUUUAAAGUGCAAUCGAACGAAUUGUCCAGGAUACAUAUUACCAAAAACUUUUUUUGAACAGGAACAGGAUUAUAUAUGCAAAAUUUGUGAAUCAAUUGUUCCUUAUGUGGAAAUUGAAAAAAUAUUAGAAAAUAUUGGUAUAUACCUUUCAACUAUGAAGAAAAAUGACAUUAUCGCAUGUAAAGAAUUUAUAAGUCGUUACGAAAGUAUCCUCCACCUAAAUCAUUUUUACAAUAUUGAUGUAACGAUUGCUCUGGCUCAAUUGAUUGGACAGCAAACUGGAGGAUUAGCAGCAGUUGAAAAAGAUCUUCUCAUCGAGAAAAUAGGAUUAUGCAAAAAACUGGAUAAAUUGCUCAAGACACUCGUUCCUGCUGAAAAUCGAAUUCGAGGUCUGAUUCUCUUCGAAUUACAUGCAGCCCACGCAGAACUUAGUAGGAGACAUACAGAAAUGGAGAUUUUAGUGCCAUUAUUGCAGGAGUCAAAGAAGUAUUUAGUUGAUGGCUAUCAAUUGCUGAAGUACGAACCGAAAGUUCUACCGGAAGGAAAAAUAGCUCAACAUGCAGAACAAAAUUUACACGAAAUAAAUAAACUCUUAAAACGAUUCACCGUAACGUAAACUUUAUCAAUACGUAGCUUGCUCAGUAAGUUCUACGUUUGGGAGUAAAUAUUAAACGAAAAACAAAACUGUAUAUAUACAUAGCCUUCGUAAGCAAACAAAUAUAUUGAAAUAAAUUUGUUAAAAA